CCUCUAUACUGUUCUGCCAGCUUUAACUGUGCCUGGCCAUAAAGGCUGUGAUGUAGUUGAAGGUGCCGAUGGGCCCAAUAAACACACCCCUGCUUCUGAGUGCACAUCGAUAUCAGUCCCAAGCAUACAAUGGCACUGCCGGCUCCGAAGAGCCUACUUGGCUGCUAUCGGUUAAUAGCCUCGACUGUAGGAAUUCUUGUUAGUCCAACAUGCCUUGGCACAAUGAAUCUCGGAGGGGCGAUGAAUGAUUCCCUUGGCGAAUGCACGAAGCAAAGCGCGCGGUCUAAGAAGUGGUUGAGCGAGUGGCUAACCAACACCGUCCGGCGACACGAGUUCGUUCUGGCGCCCAACCUGCACCUCUCUAUCGAGGCGAGCCUCGAGGAGACCCAAAUCACGUACGUCGACCCCCUUUACCUCCACUUCUGGGAUGUGACCGCCGAUAUCCCUGAGUGUAACGACUACGCUCGGCAUCGCGGCUUGAGGCAGUUGUCAGUGUAUCAGGGCAGGCGGUCUGCGGCUGACCGGGAUUUUGAGAGGGACAUUAUCCCAACAUAUGUCAUGGACUUGGCACCGUUGGGCACGCUCGGUCACGGGCUAGCAAAAGAAGUCGGCCGAGAAACGCACUCGACGAGUAACGGGCGCGAGGUGUUGGGGUCGGAGAAGCUCGAGAAGAUUGCGAAUAGAAAUGGAGUUGCUAUCACUUCAGUUGCUCUAGCAUACAUCUUGCACAAGGCACACCAUAAGUUUCCUGCCAUUGGCGGUCCAAGACUCGAUUACAUUAAGGGAAACGUCGAGACCCCAAGUCUACAGCUGAGGGAAGAGGAUCUGGGCGACAUCAAAACUGCAUACCCUUUCGACAUUGGUCUCUCGCACGAUGUCUUGAGCGGGAAUAUCAACUGCGGCGCGAGGAGACCGCAGGAUAUUCGGACUGCGAAUGUUCGCAGGAUCUUUGACUAUAUCAAAGACAUCAACCCGAUCUUGCCGAGACUUCCGUGA